AUGCCGACACUCGACCCUGCCCAGGUCCCCGCACUGGACAAGGACAAGGACACCGACAACGACACCUUACUGCUGCAACAACAACAAUCCUCCAACCUGGCUGCUGCACCUGCCCCCGUCAACCAACUAGCCCGCCCUGAACAGAAGGCACACGAGACCGUCACCACAACCACCACCCUAGACUCUCAAAGUAUCCCUGGUCACCAAGUAACUCAUACAGAAGCUACCUCUCCACUAGCCAUCAGUGACAACUCUAUCACCCCAGUCUUAAUUGCUUCCUGGCCUAUCAACAGCAUCUACGAUCACAUCCAGCCCACCACCCCUACGCCUACGUCUACACCCGCCCACUCUCUCUACUCUGUUCUCAGCAGCCGCGCAGUACUCGAACCAGAGUCCGAACCCUACCCUUCCUUCCAGUCCUUCUUCUCCCUUCCUUCAUCAUCCGCAGAACGAGGCAUGAGCUUUGAGCAGAUGCUGAUGGCCAAUUCUGCCGUCGCCUCAGCCACCAUUGGCAGCCAUACUGUGGCCGUUGAGGAGUCGCCAACACUCGAACCUACGUAUCACACUGCACAGCACAUGUCAACGAGAACUGGCAACAACAGCAACAGCACCAGCAGCAACAAGUUUCCAGGACCCACCUACCCCCCACUUGCGCCAGACACCAGCAGAGGCAGCGAGACUGUUGUGGUCGACGGCAACAACAAUUCGAUAUCCUCAUCGACACCAGCACAUGUUGGCUCUCCCAACAGCGAUCCUUCCUCCAUCGACACUAUCCUCUCAGUGGCGGGAUAUAUACCAGGCACAAGUCGCGAAGAGAUGGAGGAGGAAUGCCUAGAUUAUCGGCUCAAGGGGCGAAGCCGUGUGUCCAGGGGGUAUUCAGCCGACUUCAGCACCAGCCAGUGGUCAAUCGCUGCUGGCGGAAAUCACGCUUCAACCUCGCAGGACCAUCCUAGAACCGAGAGUCAUCACACAGAGAGCGGUCAGCAAUCGCCUUCACGACUUAGCUCGCAAUCCAUCCGAACGCCACCUGUCGUACGAACAAGGGCCACAAAUGCGGCCGAGAUGCUCCCGCUCUCAGAGUUUCUUGCAGAGGACCCCAAGGAUGUCUUUCCUUUGAACAGCAGCCCAGGAGGUCGCUACCUGACAGGGCCACAUUCAGGAUAUCUCCAGUACAGCCCGCCUUCAAUACCACCGCCACCAACAUUGGCCAUCUCCAACCAAACAGGACGAAUCCCCAUCACGAGUGCUUCAGGGCAGUUUUCAGGAUUUCAGCAAUAUACCCCGCCUCACAAGGACACUAAGUUCGAUGGCCACUCGCGGAUGUCCAGUGUCGAGGGUCCGGCGCCCAUCGGCUCUACCCACCGCAACGAAAACCAGCUUCCGAGUGCUGACAGCGGCGUCCUUGGAACAGAAACCGAUCAUGGCGAGGACGACUUUUUGCACCAAGGCAAACCCGUCAGGAAUUACAAAUUGUUUCCAGGACGUAAUCUCUUUUUCUGUGGAGGACGGAUUAUGACCAGUCGCGACUUUCCAGCGUUCCUCGUUGCGGUCUUGCUGUUGACAGUCCCAACAGGGUUGUUUCAUGGAUUCACGUCUUCGUUUUUAUGGCACAGAGUCAGUCCAGCUGCGCCAAUUGUGCAGGCGUACCUCUUUAUCGUGGCGUUCUCUUCGAUGCUCAAGACAUCUUGGACGGACCCAGGAGUUAUUCCUCGAGGAAUCGAUGGAGACCCACCACUAGACCCACUCAGGGAAAUGGACAGUACUUCGGCCUCAUUCUAUCCCCCUCAGAGUCUGCCACGCCUGAAAGAGGUCCAAGUUGGAAUGUACACUGUCCGUCUCAAGUACUGCGAGACUUGUAGAAUCUAUCGCCCGCCCCGUUGCAGUCAUUGCCGUCAAUGCGACAAUUGCGUUGCAUCCAUUUACGCUUUCUACACAUCGGCCCUGUGCUUGACUCAUUUGCUACUGUUGUACCGAGAUCGAAAGAAUGACCCUUCAGGAGUGCCCUCCUUCCAAAGCGACGUUCUGGCCAAGGCCCCUAUAUCAGCACUUGUCAUGGUCUUUGCCUUUAUCAUGGGUCUCGCAGUUGGUGCCCUGGCAACCUAUCAUUUCUGGUUGGCAACCGUGAACCGCACAACCCAUGAACAGUGGAGCGCAUCUAUGAUGAGACCCAUGGUUGUGGACAAUCCAUUCGACCGUGGCAGCAUAUUUGGAAACUGUGCGUCGGUUCUUUGCAGGCCGCCUACACGAAGCUACAUCCGGCGUCGCGACUACACCGUUUCUUAA